AUGGACAAACGUCCUCCUCCCAAGUUCUUCCUGCCUAGCCACCAAAUCGCCAGCCCAGGCCGCGCUGCCCCCCGCCGCACCCUAGCCCGCGUCUGGCCACCGAGCCCGCCGCCGCUCCCAACCGCGCGCGCUGCCCGCGCCUCGGCCGCCGCACCCUGGGCUGCGCUCGGCCACUCGCGCCUCGGUCUCGCUCGCCGCCUCGCCUCGGCCCGCGCCCCGGUCGCCACGCCCGCAUCUGCGUCGCCGCCCGGCCCGCGCCCCGGUCGCCACGCCCGCCUCCGCGUCGCCCCGGCCCGCGCCCCGGCCACCGCGCCGCGCCGCCGCGCUCGCCUCCUCGCCGCCCCGCGUCGGCCACCCCCUGCGCCGCCCAUCCCGUGCCAUCCCCGCCCCGCCCGCCCGACCAUGCCCAGGCCAGCGCUGCCCCGCCUCGACCUGCCCAGCCCCAAGCCGCGCCGCCCGGCCCGCGCGCCGCCUCGCGAGCUCACCUCGCCCCGAGCUCGCCCCGCGCGGUGA